CUUAUAAAACAGUCACCUGCCAUCAUCCUCUGCUACUGUUUUUAUUCUGAAAGCCUUGCUAAAAUAAUUUGUGUAUCGGCUUGAUCUUUCAAGAUCAGUGGAAUCAAUGGCAGGCACCACUUCCUUGGUGGUUCCUAUCGUGUUAUGGGGUCCCACCGCCCCAACACAUUGCGUAUCCUGUGUCAUGGUAACUGCUGAUCAACGUACAAUAGUGACUGGUUGCCAUGAUGGCCAGAUUGUCAUGUGGGAUUUAGACGAAAAUUUACAGUUGUCACCUCGUAAUAUAUUAUUCGGGCAUUCAGCCUCUAUAACGUGUCUGACGAAGGCAAAUAACUCGUGGGACAACUGUACGAUAAUUAGUGCUGCUGAAAAUGGUGAGGUAUGUCUUUGGGAUGUAAAUGAUGGACGAUGUAUAGAACAUUCAAAGCAACAUCAAGUAUUAACCGCGAAUCCCGUAUUCUGUGCCGGGGCUACUAUCCUGAUAUUCAGGUUAUUGAUGCGGUUAGCUUGAUACCGCUCUUUUCAUUAACUUCAAAAUUCUCGCCUGAUUGGAUCUGCGCCAUGAGCAUUAUGAGGCCUCUCAAAAGACAAGAGGAUACAGUGAUAGCAUUGUCCACUUCUGGGAUGCUAAAGAUUUGGGCUUUAUCAGGAAAAGAAAGCAAGGCCUCAGAGCCCAUCUACGAGGAGCAGUGUAAGCCACUGCGAUGCCUGACUGCUCACUCCCUCAGCCCUUGUGCAUUCAACCUCCGGACAAUGCUGAUAGUAUGUGGCAAGUAUUGGCAAGUGUACGACACUAUCGACUUCGCUCUACUGUGUUCCGAGUUCUGUCACAGAGGUCUUCAGUGGGCUGGCGGAGACUUCUUGGCCGCGGAUCGUGUCAUUGUCUGGAGCAACGAUGGCAAAGCCUACCUUUAUCAACUUUCAUCAAACUGUGUUGCAGAUAGUGAGGACUUUAGGUACAGUGUGGGUAAAGGGCCAGAAGCUGUAAGCCAGCCGUUCUUGUACUGUAUCUUGGAACCUCCUGAGCUAAAGCCUCUGUCAUGUCCGCCAGCAAUGACGUUCUUCUACGGUCGUCGUGGGGCAUUGUUCAAGCUGUUUGUGCGUGGCGAUUCCAAUGGACAGCUGAACACUUGGUUGGUCCCUGAAAUAUCAGACAAAGAACUUGGAUUUCUCAAACAAGAGGAAUUUGAUACUCUGCCAGUUAUGCCGCCCUCAGCAAGUCGUAGUCUCUCUGACUGUUGGAACAGUUGUCAGCCUCGUCCAGCAGGAAUAAUUGAUCAGCUUAAUACUAAAAGCAAGAAGCGGCAAGAACGAUCCGUAGCUGUGACAGCCAGCAUUUACUUAGCGGAGUAUGGGCGUCUAGUGUGCGGCAGGGAAGAUGGUAGUGUGGUGAUCGUACCAGCCACUCAAACUGCAAUCGUUCAACUUCUCGAGGGACUCCACACUGCGAGAAGAGGCUGGCCCCCUCAUAGGAUCCUUAGAGGUCACCAAGGAAAGGUCACAUGCCUAAUCUAUCCGUACCAGGAGUCAGUGCGGUACGAUCCCAAAUUCUUAGUUUCUGGUGGUACAGACUUUAGUGUGUGUCUGUGGGACAUAUUUGCCGGUUCACUACUACACACUUACUCAGUCCAUGGUGGAGAGAUAACAAGAAUGGUGCUUCCACCAGAUAAUUGUAAUAGCCGUGUGUUGAUGUGUGUCUGCUCCGUAGCCAGUGAUCAUUCGGUGGCACUGUUGAGUUUGCGGGAUCGCAAGUGCGUCAUGCUAGCUGGCAGGCAUCUGUUCCCUGUCAAGCAGAUUAAGUGGAGACCUGCAGAGGACUUUCUCAUUGUUGGUUGUCAAGAUGGCAGCGUGUAUGUCUGGCAAAUGGAAACAGGUCAUUUGGAUAGAAUUGUCCAUGGCAACACAGCAGAAGACAUCUUGGAUGCGUGUGACCAAGUUAGCGCUACCUCCGAAACAAUGCUGACUCCCACCCAAAGUAUCGCGGUAGCAUUUCGUCGCCGAAGCUUAGCUGCAAUCAGAAGAUCUGCCCAGCGAAGCAUCAUAGCCGUCACGCAAGGCAACCAAGCAAACAACAUGGACACGCUGGAACAAAGCACGCACAACCCAUCGCACGCACUCACCAUCCAGUCAAUGCGUGCCAAUCCCAAGGACUCUGAUUUCCACGUACUGUUCUUCGACACCGAAGCAUUGAUUGUACAGCUACUCACGGAUAAGAAUUUGAUACCUGGAAUCGUAGGCCUAGAAAAUCAAAACGUCAAAUCCCCACGCAUGUCAGAACAGCAACGAUCUCCGAGGCUCACGGAAAGAGUUGUUGGGUUCAUAUCCAAAAAAAUGGAAAACCUACGGGAUAGCGAUGAUGAUGAUGACGACGUUGAUGUCGAUCAGCUCCACCCACCUAAAGGCGCAUCAGGGGGACAGAAGAGCGGUGGACGAAGCCCCGACCCUGAGUAUCAGCCAUAUCGAGGUGCUAAGCAUCUAACGCUGCUUGAAAGCCAUCUUACCCUAGACAUUGCUCAGCUUUACAUGUCUUGCUUGCAUGCUUGGGGCCUAGAUACCUGCUUAGAUGAAAUCUGUCUGAAGAAGCUAGGCCUGCUUAAGCCGCAUGCUCCAGUGUCCUUUGGCCUUCUCUCAAGAGGAGCUCACAUGUCUUUAAUGUUGCCUGGUUGGCAUCAAUUCCAGCCUGAAACUGCUACAACACCAAAGGAGCUGACAGCAAAAGAAGCAUUGGAGUUGAAGAAGCAAGGCUUGCCAUCAUCGCCGGAGCCACCGAUUUGCAAGAAGCAUUACCUAGGUCAUUGGGAACUGUCACGGUCCGUUACCACACAGCAUCUGUUGUCUGUCAUCUCCGUUGCCAACACUCUGAUGAGCCGUAACAAUGCCACUUUUGUUCAGUUGUCUCAGUUCAGAAAACCGAGGAGGAGAGUAAGUUCAAGAAGUGACACUGAGGAUCAAGCAGACACCGCUGGUGCAUCCUCUAGUGAAGCAGACAGCCAAGCCGAGCUGACCCCAGAGCAGGCCCAGAUCAAGCAAGGGUGGAGUCUGCUUGCAGCCCUACACUGUGUGCUACUGCCUGACCUACUAGGCAGCACUUUCUUUAAGCCUCCGCUGCUGGAGAUGUUGGCUAAGAGAUGGCAAGAUAGGUGCCUUGAGGUGCGUGAAGCCGCUCAGGCCCUGUUGUUAGCAGAACUCCGUAGGAUUGGGUCUGAUGGAAGGUCAAAUGUCAUUGAUACAUGGGCUCCAUAUUUACCGAACUAUGUUGACCCCGGGGAGAGUUUGAUUUCAGUGCAAAGUGCCCCUGCUACACCAAGGCCCCAGCAAUCCCCAGAGCACCUGUCCGACAGCACAAGCAACGACAGUGAAACAGAUUUAGAAGAGGAAAUUCUGUGCAGUGAGUUUCCAACCAAGAGGAUAUCGUCAUCGUUUGAGUCGAGACGGAAACAAGCGACAGCCAUAGUUAUGCUUGGUGUCAUCGGAGCAGAGUUUGGAGCUGAGAUUCAGCCCAAUCAAAAGGUUACUUCACGUCGCCCAAUCCAGGAGGGUUUUGGACUGAAUGACCAUUCCUUAGCAAGACAUACUGCCAAGGCACUUUCAUUCCUUCUUCUGCAACCUCCCAGCCCACGACUGCCAGCUCAUACACCUAUCCGACGAGCUGCUAUUGAUCUGAUUGGCCGGGGAUUUACAGUCUGGGAGCCUUAUAUGGAUGUGUCUGCUGUGCUACUAGGAUUGCUUGAGCUCUGCAGUAACACAAGCCUCUUCUCUGUAAGUAUGACAAGUGGCCUACCAAUCACGCCUGCUGCUGACAGCUGCCGUAGUUCCCAUCAUGCACUCUCACUCAUUGCAACCGCAAGGCCGGCAGCGUUUAUCAUCACGAUGGCCAGGGAGGUUGCUAGGUACGUUGCUCAGGUAAACAUGGCGCAAACUCCUGUAGCACAGUUGCAAAACAGCCCAUUGGUAAGGGCUAAGGCAGAGAUCUUAAGAAUAGUGGAGCUUCUAAUUGAUAAGAUGCCUAAUGAUGUUGCUGAACACAUGAUAGAGGUAAUGGACAUAAUCGUUCAUUGUUUGGAUUCAGCGCAACUGAAAGCGAAAGGUUUGAAGGAGGUGUUUCCCGCUGUUUGUCGUUUCAACACAGUUAGCUACUGUCGACACUCCAGGCGUAUUGCUGUUGGUGCUAAAGUUGGUUCCAUUGCUCUGUACGACUCAAAAACGUCAAAAUCGAACCAAAUAUCUGGUCACUCAUCUGCUGUUACCUGCCUGGCUUUCUCCCCUGAUGGAAAGUACCUCGCCUCCUAUUCAUUUGGAGAUGCCAAGCUCUGUAUUUGGCAGUUUAUUUUCAGCCAGCUAGGUGGUUUUUUCACAGUGCCAGCUGAAGCUCUGCUUCAGACCGGCUCAUCGCUAUUAGGUGGAAUGCUGAGCUCUUCAACGAAGUGUAUCAAAUGUUACAACACCAAGUCCAUCGCAUCUGGGACGCUUUCACCAAAUCUUCUGAAACUUGUCCGUCUUCACUGGAGCCAGUCCAAGACAGUAGUUCUUAAUAAUACUGAUGGAAAAGAAUACAAGUUCAAUGUCUGAACUGGAAUGUCACAGAAUGAUUGGCAUAUGUCAUAAUGUGAUUAGGAUCUUGUCUGGAGUUGUGAUGUCUUCUGGGAGAUGAAGUGUUGUCCCUCUAUCGGCAACCAGCUGAUGCCUAUUACCGCUGCCUACAGGCUUACACUGUUUUGUUACAACUCCCUACCAAGCACAGCAUAUAGCAGAAAGAACACAUCAUGUGUACUACAGAUGGUAAAGAAAAUUUUGCACCAAAUGUAUUAUCUCUCUUCAGCAUAUAGAGUUUAAAACAGAGCAUAAUAAUAAUAAUUAUAUGAGUAAGAUGGUGAUGACAAGACCAGUGGCGGUGACAAACUCAUAGCAGAGGGGAUUGGUGAAAGGCAAUAACUUUGAGCUCUAAGCAACAUUAGUUUAUACUCAAUUAUUUUAAUAAUCAAGUUAAUUAUAGUUGGGAUAAUAAGUAUGAAAAUCCUAUAUAAUUGCAAAUAAUUUAAUAUAGAAUAUAACGCAUGCAUUUUAAAAUUCAUUUAUUAAAUUUGUUGCAAUUUUUUUUUUAUGUUUCCACAGGAAGGUGGUUUCACACAUUUUAUAUCUAAUCUGUAAAAACAAUAAUGACAUUCCUUUACAUAGAAUAAGUAAAAUUUAUUUCAAUUUAAAAAGUUAAUUAUUAUGCUUUUUUUCACUUUGUUGUUAUGAAUAAUUAAUAUUAAUACUAAUGCUAAUAAUACUAAUAUAUUUUAUGAAAGAGUAUAGAAUUGCAAGAUGUCCGACUACCCUCAUUUUUUAUUCACAUAAUAAAAAACGUUUAAAAAAGCUACUACAGUACCACAAGAUAGGUGGCAUGCUAUUAGAAUUCAAAUAGAGUUCGCUCGAAACUCGACCAUAGUUGAAAGACACGCCUCUUCGUGGUAUUACUUUUUGAAAUACUUCCAACAAAAAUAUAAGAGUUAGACCUCGUGCACUUCUACACGCUUUGAUUUUAUUAAUAAUAAUUAACCCAGUUUGAGAUGUAAUAUUACUAAUGGUACUGUAUGUUUAUCCUUCUUUGUUAAUGUUUACUUGUAAUAGGUUAUUUUUUAAUAAGAACAAUAUAGAUGUAUUUAAUUUUUAUAUUUAUAAAAUAUUAUGUUGUAAAUAAUAUGGUAUUUGAGUAAACUAAUUAUACAGAAGAAAAAUAAGACUCAAAUGAAUUAGUAAAUCAGGAUUUCUAUGAGGUAAAAAAUAAAAUCAAUAUUGGAAUUACUUAAUUAUUAAAGGAUGUUAUUAAAUUUCUAUUGGAAAUUACAAAAAAUUAACAGAUAUUUUAGUAAUUCAGGUCUCCCUCUGAUUAAAGAAAUUUAAGACCACUUUUCUGUUCUGAAAUGGUCUCAAACUUUUCUGGUCUCAAAUUAACAAAUGUCUUUAUAAUAUCUUUAUUAUUUUAAUUAAAGACCAAAGCUGCUGAAGACCAUGGAAACCUCGGUCCCAAAAGUGGUCUUUAAAUGGAGGGAGACCUGUAUCAUUUUUGUUUUCUUUGGCUGAAGUCCUUCCAUUCGUAGGGUCGUGGGUUCAAUUCUUGUGAUAGCACAGGAUUUAACUACUAAAACACGUCUCCACUUCUUAAGCCAUGUAAUGAGACAAAGUUUUAUAAGCAGUCAUCACACUGCUUAUA